AAUAUUAGAUACCAUAUGUCAACAAAAUUAAGCGAAGUUACUGACAUCACACUCACACAGCUCGAACACACUUUCUUUCUUUCCUUUCCUUUCGUUCUCCCGCCUCGACGCACAAAUGAGUGAUAUAAGGAAGUGGUUCAUGAAAUCACAUGAUAAAACAAACAAUGCCGACGGUAACUCCAACAAACCCUCCGGUCAACCUAAACCUACUCCGGCUAAACCCGACCUGGAGAAAACUGUGCCUGAAGGUCAAACAAGUUCGGGCAGAAGGAAAACUAGCAAAUAUUUUAAUACGGAUAAGCCAAAGGCAAAAGAAGAGGUAGAAACGCAGGUGCUCCCUGCUAAAAGAAAGAAUACGAAGGACAGUAAUGAAGAUGAUGAAGAUGACUCUGUUCUGCCCACUAAUCAAAAGAAAUUAGCUGGUUCCACUCCUACAAAAAAAUUGAAGAGUGGGUCGGGUAGGGGAAUCCCCCAGAAACCUGCAAAUUUGGAUGAAAGUGAUGAAGACGAUCAGAAAGAUGCUGUGUCUCCUAUUAAAUCUGGUGGAAGGGGUCGUGGUGGAAGAGGAGCAUCAACACAAGCAACUGGUGGGAGAGGCCGAGGGGGUGGUAGGGGGACCACCCAGAAAUCUGCAGAUUUGGAAGAAAUUGAUGAAGAUGACGACAAAAAUGCUGUGUCUCCUGCUAAAUCUGGUGGACGGGGUCGUGGUGGAAGAGGAGCUUCAACACAAGCAUCUGGUGGAAGGGGCCGAGGGGGUGGUAGGGGUGGAUUCAUGAAUUUUGGUGAAAGAAAAGAUCCUCCACACAAGGGAGAAAAGGAAGUCCCUGAAGGUGCUCCUAACUGUUUAGCUGGUUUAACUUUUGUAAUCAGUGGAACACUGGACAGUUUGGAACGAGAAGAAGCUGAAGAUUUGAUUAAACGCCAUGGUGGCCGUGUCACUGGAUCAGUCAGCAAGAAAACGAAUUAUUUGUUAUGUGACGAUGAUAUUGGGGGAAGGAAGUCUGAAAAAGCAAAAGAGCUAGGAACUUCAUUCCUCACAGAGGAUGGAUUGUUUGAUAUGAUCCGGGCAUCAAAACCUGCAAAAGCUCCCAAGCAAGAGGAAUGCAAAAAACCUGUGAAUAAGGCUGUUGCAGCGCCACUGCCAUCCCCGUCAAAAGUUCCUCUGAAAGCAGAAACAAAGGCCUCAUUGUCUUCAUGCUCACUUUCCAACAAAGCCAAGCCUGAGAAGGCUACUACCGUUCAAUCUAAUUUGACGUGGACAGAGAAACAUCGACCUAAAAACGCAAAGGAUAUCAUAGGGAAUCAGUCACUUGUUUCACAGCUUCGAAAUUGGUUGAAAGGUUGGCAUGAGCAAUUUUCUAACACUGGUGGCAAUGAAAAAGGAAAAAAGCAGAAUGACCCUAAUUUCAAAAAGGCUGUCUUGUUAAGCGGAACCCCUGGUAUAGGCAAAACAACUUCAGCAAAGCUGGUGUGUCAGGAGCUUGGUUUCGAAGCCAUGGAGGUAAAUGCUAGUGAUAGCCGUGGAAAAGCUGAUAGCAAAAUUGAAAAGGGAAUUAGUGGAAGCAAUGCAAAUUCUAUCAAGGAAUUUGUGGACAAUAAGACCUUGGAAUUUGGGGACAAGGAUAGGUCAAAGCAGUCCAAAACUGUUCUUAUUAUGGAUGAGGUUGAUGGGAUGUCAGCUGGUGAUAGGGGUGGUGUUGCUGAUCUUAUUGCUAGCAUCAAGAUAUCAAAAAUUCCUAUCAUCUGCAUUUGUAAUGACCGUUAUAGCCAGAAACUAAAAAGCCUAGUGAACUACUGUUUGCUUCUUAGUUACCGGAAGCCUACAAAGCAACAGAUGGCAAAGAAGUUCAUGGAGGUUGCAAAGGCUGAAGGGCUUCAAGUUAAUCAGAUUGCUCUUGAGGAAUUAGCUGAAAGAGUUAAUGGAGAUAUGCGUAUGGCACUAAACCAGUUACAAUAUAUGGGCCUCACCAUGUCAGUGAUCAACUACGAUGAUAUUAGGCAGCGCUUGCUCACCAAUGCGAAAGAUGAAGAUAUUUCACCAUUCACGGCUGUUGAUAAGCUUUUUGGUUUUAACGCUGGAAAGAUGAAAUGGGAUGAGAGGAUUAAUCUUAGCAUGAGUGAUCCCGAUCUUGUUCCUCUGAUUAUCCAGGAAAAUUAUAUUAAUUAUAGACCAAGCUCUGUUAGUAAGGAUGACAAUGGUAUAAAACGCAUGAACUUGAUUGCCCGUGCUGCUGAGUCUAUUGCCAGUGGGGAUAUAGUGAACGUGCAAAUUCGCAGAUAUCGACAAUGGCAGCUCUCUCAAACUAGUUCUGUAGCAUCAUGCAUACUUCCUGCUUCAUUGUUACAUGGGCAAAGGGAAACACUUGAACCGGGAGAACGUAAUUUUAAUCGAUUUGGUGGGUGGCUGGGAAAGAAUUCGACAACGGGUAAAAACAUGAGGCUUAUGGACGACCUGCAUGUUCACAUUCUUGCAUCUCGCGAAUCUAGUUCGGGAAGGAAUACUAUUCGCUUGGAAUACCUUUCUCUUAUGCUUAAAAAACUUACAGAACCUCUCCGAGUCCUGCCUAAGGCUGAAGCUGUUGAGAAAGUUGUGGAAUUUAUGAAUACAUAUUCAAUCAGCAUGGAAGAUUUUGAUACUAUAGUAGAAUUAUCAAAAUUCAAGGGUCAUGCUAAUCCGCUAGAUGGCAUACAGCCUGCCGUUAAGUCAGCCUUGACAAAAGCAUACAAAGAGCUGAGCAAAACUCGGACGGUUCGAGCUGCUGAUCUAAUUACUCUUCCUGGAAUUAAAAAGGCACCUAAGAAGCGGAUUGCUGCUAUUUUAGAACCAGCUGAUGAAGGUGUGGAACAAGGUGAUGGUGGCAACGCCUUGGACGAGAGUGAUGAAGAUAACACCUCUGACAAUGAUGAGUCAGAAGGCGCCACAACUGGCGAGAAGCUGAAGUCAGAACUUCAAAGUUUGAAUUCAAAGGGCAUGCAAGUACAAUUGGAAUUGAAGGGAGCAGGAAGUUCCAAGAAGACAUCUGGUGGUAGAGGUAAAGGUGCUUCCACAUCUGCGCAGAAGGUUGCUCAAACAUCAAAGACUCCUGCAAAAAGAAAAAGGUGAAGAAAUAUUGAAAUGCCUUUUUCUGGGUACACUUUGAAGAGUUGUAUAUGGACCCUAUUCGUGUAAUUGAUGUUAGGUUGUUUUAAAUUUGAGUUAUUUUUUAGCAAGUUUUCUAGGGAGGAUUCUGUGAACCAAUGUAUUACUUGUGACCAUUUUUCUUAAAUUCAGAUGAUGCCUUGUGAUAUAAA